AUUUCUCGCGUCACAGCAGCCAAUGCUGCGUCUACUUCUAAGAUAGUCUAUGGUAGAAAUUAGCUUGUUGUUAGAUGCUAGCCGUGGUCUCCAUGCUUCGGUUAAUCUAAGGAACUCAUUUAAAAUGUCGGAGGAAUCUUUAACCGUGACAGUUGCUUACGGUUCCACGAAGCACAGCAUCACUGUGACAAGUCAGGAAGAUGGCAAGAGUCCAACUGUUCAAGACCUGUCAGACAGUCUCACUCAGGCUACUGGAGUCCCUGCAGCCUCACAGAAACUCAUCUUCAAAGGGAAGUCGCUCAAGGACAUGGAGCAGACUUUGUCCGGCUACGGAGUCAAAAGCGGUUGCAAACUCAUGAUGAUCGGAAAGAGGAACAGUCCCGAGGAGGAAGCCGAGCUGAAGAAGCUGAAAGACAUCGAGAAGUCUGUGGAGCACACUGCUAAAAAGCUAGAAAAGGUGGACGGGGAGUUGACUGGACUCAAGAAUGGCUUCCUGGCCAAAGACCUGCAGGUGGAGGCGCUUGGGAAGCUGGACCACCGGGUGAAAAUAGCAGCCGAGCAGUUCAUGAAGAUUCUAGAGCAGUUAGAUGCCCUGAGCAUCCCGGAAAACUUCAAUGACUGCAAAAUGAAGAAAAAAGGCCUCGUAAAGACAGUGCAGGACUUCCUGGCGCAGUGUGACAAGAUAGAGGCUUGCAUAUCAGACCACCUGACAAAGAUCCAGUCCAAAAAUCUGGCAGUGGUGGAUUAAAAAAGGUGUCUAGAAGUGUUGCUCUGUGAGUAACUGUUGUGUACAGAAAGGUUGUCCUCUAUUUAUUGUUAGUGACAUGACAGCCUGCUACAGACCUGCUAACUUGGAACACAUUUUCACCAUUUGGUUGCAUUAUGCCAGUUUCAGAUCCAACUUCAGCCACAGCAAUUUGUCCAUUGGUGGAAUGAAAAGCUUUCAACCAAUCAGAGCGCUGCAAUUUAACCACCUAGUUUGUUGUGUCAUUAACCGCAUUUCUUCAACGUUGGCAGGUCUGCUACUGUAUGUUUAGACUUUUGGGACUUUGUAGAUUUCGUCACCUGAUACAUAAUGCGGCUCUGACGGGACUGGAACCGACAACCUCACUUUAGUGUAGUUAUCUAGUAGCCCUUGUGCCACAGAGCCAGUAAAUGAAUGAGGAACAUGAUCUUGUCCACACAUGUAUGUGGAUAUUUUAUUAAAAACAAUGACAGCA